AAAAAGGUGGACGCAGUGUCCCCGGUUCACGAAUCCGUCCCUGAGCGACUUGUUCCGCAGAUCAGAGGCGAACCACGAAGUCUCUUCAAAGAUGCAGAGGUACUUCGGAAUGUUUUGCGCGUCGCUCAUCUUUUACGCAACUCUCUCUGAGACGGUCGGCUUGGUCAUUGCGGCGAAGGAGAAGCGGGGCUGGACACUGAACAGUGCUGGAUACCUGCUGGGGCCCCGUCGUAUUGAUCACCUAAUUCAGAUAAAGGAUUCUCCCAGUGUCCGAGGCAGAGCCGACCUGGUCACUCAAUAUGGAAUAGAUGGACACAGGACACUAGGAGACAAGUCGGGUCUCGCUGGCAAGAGGGACAUGGGCCAGGAGGAGGACUUCAGAACAGGUUCCUUGAGAAUAGCAGAUGGAGACAUCAUCCACACCAUCAUUGACUUUCUGUCUUACCUGAAGCUUAAAGAGAUGGGAGCCUUGGACAUUGUGCCCUCCUCUGUGACAUCAGAUGAACUGGCCAAUCCCUAACAUGUGCUCCUCUGUAGUUGGUCUGCAUCUCCCCAGGAUUAUAUCUCUGUUGUCUGGACUCCUGCUGCCCUAAAUGUUGCUUCAUCACACUCUGAUGUUGGAUGUGGUACCAGAGUAUGGACGGUUUUACUCUUUGAGAUUGAUUGCCCCCCCAGAUGCUUUUGUUCCUGUGUAAAUAAAUCACUUUUUUUUGGAGGACCUCUGUUCAGUAAACAACAGUCUUAUCUUAAUAUGUUAUCGUCUGAUUUACGAGAAUGGGAAUUAAAUUUAAAAAUCGA